AUGAAUGAAUUUUUAAAUUUUUUAAAAAAUAAAUCAUUUAAUGAUGAUAUUGAUUCAAUUAUUCCAAUGAUUGAAAAAUCUAUAUUUCAUAAAAUGAUUGAUCUGAAACAACAAUUAGAACAAAAAGAAAAAGAGAAAUCAAAAAGAAAUGAAAGAAUUAAAGGCAAUAAAAAUGAUAUUGAAAAUGAUGAAAUUUAUAUUAAAUUUUUAAAGUUUUUAAAUCAUGAUAUUGAUAAAUUUGAUUUGAAAAAAGUUAAUGAUUCUAUUAAAAAGAAAGAAACUAAUAAAUCAAACUUGAAAAAGAAUACUAAAAAGAAGUCAAGAGGAAAAGAUAAGAAUGAAAAAUCAAAAAAGAAAGAUUCAUCAAAGAGUGGAAAUAAAGAUAAAGAGAAAUCAAAACCAAAAUCAAAAGAUAACAAGCCUAAAGAAAAUAAAUCAAAGAAUGAGUCAGUUGAAAAAUCAGGUGAAUCAACUAAUAAUAAACAACCAAGAAAACGAACAAGACAAAGAAAACCAAAAGAAAGUAAAUCAGAAGAAUCAGUAAAGAAACCACAACAACAGUCUGCAAGAGAUGCUGAAUCGAAGAAAGCACAACAGCAAUUAUCAUCAAAAGAUAAAUCAACUAAAUCUGAAUCUACUAAAACACCACCUCCACCAAGAAGACCAAAAUCAAAAGACAGUAAGCCAUCAACGAAGGACUCUAAACUGGCAAAAGAUACUAAACCAUCAGGAAGGAAACCACCGUCAACUAAACCAAAAAGUCAAGACAGUUCAAAUUCUUCUUCCGGUCAACAGAAACCAAAGUUUAAACUAAUGAAAAGACCAGAGACUCAACCGUGA